AUGACAGUCUUCAUCGCUUCACUUUUCCUUCCGUAUACAAUCGACUUUCAAGCGACCGAGCUGAGAAAUGCUCGUCGCCAGUCAUCCACCAGUUCUUCCUCGCUCGAUGGUCAAAUCGUAGGACGGUUGGCGGACGCUCGUCGAAGACGGUUCUCGAAAGCAACUACUGCGACUUUGACGCCCGGAGCGACUACAGACUAUGAGAAAAUCUUCAAGCCGUAUGUGUCUCAAUCCGCGGGUGAAAUCCCCAGCGCGGACGAUCCCAACGGUCCGGGUCUCAGUGAGCCCCGUCCGGUUUCUUGGGGCCAAAGCCGUAAGUUCAACCAACCACGGCCCGCAGUCGCUUCGUAUCCUGCACCAACGAUCGCCAGCAGCCAAGAUCCAGUGGUCAAACAAGGCCUCCCACAGUUUCUCGAUGGAGCAACAUAUGAUACCCCGUUGGAAGGAGGCAAUGGAAGCCCGCGCGCACUCUUGUCAGAUGCUGACUGGGUUGUUAAGGCGGCAGAACAAGGCAACGGGAGCCUUCGAAACGCUGUUAAUGCCGCCGAAGAAGCGGGUUUGUUAGCGGACAAGAUGUGGGUUGGUACGCUCGGGAUGCCAACCGACCCCCUCAAGGACGAAACGCGCGCCAGUAUUUCCGAGACCCUCGAAGAUGAGUUUGAGUCGCUUACGGUGUUUGUCGACGAUCGGGAGUUUGUCGGGCACUACUCGCACUUUUGCCGCGCGGUCCUAUGGCCAGCUUUCCAUUACCAGAUGCAGGAGAGCCCGCGACACACAGAGUACGAUGACUAUUCUUGGAAGCAGUACGUGAAAGUUAAUGAAGCGUUUGCAAAAACCAUUGUUGCCCACUGGAGACCUAGUGAUAGUAUCUGGAUACAUGACUAUCACCUCCUGCUUCUACCAUCGAUCCUCAGAAAGAAGCUGCCGCGUGCCGAGAUUGGUUUCUUCAUGCACGCUGCGUUUCCAUCUUCCGAAGUGUUUCGGUGUCUCAAUGCACGAAAGGCCUUGCUCGAUGGCCUUCUUGGAGCAGAUCUCGUGGGCUUUCAAACGGAAGAGUAUUGCCACCAUUUCUUGCAGUCGUGCAGUCGCCUUCUCAGCUUGGAGGUGAUGGUGGACGGUGUACAACUCCCGAACCGGUUCAUCAGAGUUAAUAACUUCCCCUGUGGUGUCGACCUCAAGGCCCUGGACGAGUUGCGACAGACCUCUGAGGUUCAGGAUUGGAUCACCAACAUCCAGACCAGGUACAGUGGCAGGCACUUGGUUGUCGCGAGAGAUAGGCUUGAUGCGCCUGGCGGUAUCAAGCAGAAGCUUAUGGCUUAUGAGCUCUUUCUGAAACGGUAUCCUAAAUGGAGAGAAAAUGUUAUCCUUAUUCAAAUCGCAUCCGCCUCUGAAUUGCCUGAACUUGGGGCACAAGUUUCGAAUAUCGCCAUGAGGAUCAAUUCUACCUACUCUUCGCUGACGCAUCAACCCCUCGUGCUCCUGAGACAGGAUAUCAGUUAUUCACAAUUCCUAGCCCUCAUGAAUGUGGCCGAAGUCUUUAUCGUGUCGAGUCUGAGGGAAGGUAUGAAUCUCACGAGUCACGACUAUCUUUACUGCCAGGACGGCAAGUUGGCACCGCAGCGCCAUGGCUCGCUCAUUCUCAGCGAGUUUGCGGGAAGCGCCUCCAUUUUCAACGGACACGAGCUUUUGGUCAACCCCUGGGACUAUCGAGAGGUUGCGGAUACAAUCAACAAGGCUCUGGAAAUGAGCCCGGAGCAGAAGCAGCGUAACUGGGAGUUUUUGCUCGACCGGAUGGCACCACACACGGCACUAUCAUGGGCGAGCUCAUUGCAAGAGUGUUUAACCAAGUCUCACAAAGCGCAAGUCUCUCGCGAGCCACAGCAUGUCUCGUCCCUGUCUGUCAACACCCUCAAGAAGUCAUAUGGAAAAUCCAGCGUGCGGUUAAUAUUCCUUGAGGAUGGGGGGACCUUUGCGCAGGCGAAUUCGAGGUCCAACAAAGAGCCAGCUGCCUUACUAGGACAUCUAGUCGACGACCCGAGGAACCUGGUAUAUGUGACGAGCAACAAGAGUCCAGAGCAACUCGAGCCACUCAUCCAUAUGCUACCCAGUCGAGUGGGAUACAUCGCUGAAAACGGAUGCUUCGUACGAGAGAUUGGCUCCAAUCACUGGGAGACGCUGGUCGACAUGGAAAAGAUUAAAGACUGGCGAAACGGCGUUCGCAAGGUUAUGGACUACUUCCAGGAGCGCACCGACGGAAGCCAAAUAGAAGAGCGCCGCUGUCUUCUAGCCUUUCGAUACAAUGACGCCCAUGAUCCCAUAAUCGCCGCAAACCAAGCCUCCGAACUCGCAGACCAAAUCAACGGCUCCCGCGGCAGCGAAGCCAUCCACGUCGUCCUUACAGAAGGCGCCGUAACCGUGGAACCACUGGACAUUACCAAAGCCGUAGCGGCUGAAUCCAUCCUACGCAGACUACCCAAGGCCCCAGACUUUCUGUUCGUCGCGGGUGGUUCGCGCGGCGAUGAGGCACUGUUCCGGUACGCCAACCGUCUGCGUGCGGAUGAAAAGAUUCCAAACGUGACUACGUUGACGGUGGGAUACCAUGCUACGGAGGCUAAGGCGGUGUUGCCGGGGAAUAUGGGAAUAGCGGAUAUUGUGAAUAUGCUUUCUUCACCGAAGGUGGAUGGGUUUGAGGUUGUUGAUGGGGUAUUGCAUGGGUGUACUGAGGUGGUUGUUUAG